AUGGUACCAAUUAUAUUUUGCCAAAUGUCAUUUGUCGAUUUCACCAGAAAAAUAUACUAUUUUAAUCGAGACGCAAAAUACAUUGGAUUUUACGCUACAACGAAGCCUGUUCUUAUGCUCCGUGAUCCGGAAGUGAUCAAGGAUGUUGUCAUCAAGAAUUUCGACACAUUUACCAAUAAUCCCGCUUUAGCUGAUACUAAUGACUAUGUGCUUUCACAGAAUCUGUUUGGCCUACAAAACGCAAAAUGGCGACACGUAAAAAAUCUACUAUCUCCGUUCUUUACGUCUCAUAAGCUGAAGACUAUAUUUACUUUGAUGUCGAAACAUGCUGCGGAUUUUGCUGAAUUGAUGUUAACACUGCCAGCGGAUAAAAGCGACGUUAAUAUGAAAGAUAUCUUCGAUAGAUAUACGAACGAUGUCGUUGCCUUAUGUAUUUACGGAAUGAAGAUCGAUUCUAUAAGAAAUCCGACAAACAAGUUUUAUGUUUGUGGCAAAGAUAUAACUUAUAUGUCAGCAAUACGCAGCAUAAAGUACAUUUUUAUUAGAACCUUUCCAAAGCUUGGACGAAUACUCAAUAUAAAAUUGUUAAAUAAUUCAGAAAUGAAGUAUUUUGAGAGUAGGAUAAAGAACGAGAUUGUCAUUCGCAAUGCUGAGCAUGUUUCACGUCCGGAUAUGAUACAAUUAAUGUUGGAUAACAGAGGUAAAGAGGGUCAAAUACAAUUGGAUGUGGACGAUAUUGUCGCGCAAGCCUACGCUUUCUAUUUCGCUAGCUUUGAAACUACUUCAAGCGUGAUGUCUUUUAUAACAUACAAAAUCGCAACUAAUCCAAGUAUUCGGGUCAAAUUGCGACAAGAGAUAGAUGAGCUCUUGAACGAAUCGGACGGAAACGUAACUUAUGAAGCUGUUAAUAAACUCAAAUAUUUAGAUGCAGUAAUAAAGGAA